AUGGGGUAUCUUUCGUCUCUUUCCGAACACGUUCGGGGAAUCGCUCGGGCAAUCGCUUCAACCUCAUCCUCAAUCGUGGAUUUUGUCACGUUAAAACGAAAACGUGGAAAUGAGGAUUCUGAUGAGGAGGAGGAUGAUGAUGAUGAUUUGGAUUCCCUCGACAUAGAUCCAUUCGACGCAGUAUUGGAAAGGGUGAAAGUGAAGUAUAUCGGCAAACACGUGGCCGCGAUUCGCGCCAAGAUUCAGCCAAGUGACAAGAAGAUUCCUGUCGUUGAGGUUGGGCCUCACACUCAAUGUUGGGAAAGCAUUAUAUAUAAGGUGAAGUUUGCUGAUGGGGUUAAAUGGAUGCUCAAAGUCCCAGCUAUUGGAACGCCUGAUCAAUUCGGCGAAAAUGAUGCCGAGGCCCUUCGCUCAGAAGCAUUGACAAUGAUCAUGUUGCGACGUGAAACAACUAUCCCAAUCCCUGAGGUCUUUUCAUACGACAAUACAUGCAAAAACAAGCUCAAAGUUCCCUUUAUUCUCAUGGAGCUCAUCGAGGGUCGGCCUUUGGCCGAUGUAUGGCAUGACAAAGAAUCUCCAAAAGAGGUUGUACAGGCCCGGCGCACACGCUGUCUGCAGGAUAUUGCUGCUGCGUAUCUCCAACUUGGAAAAUACACGUUCAACGAACCGAAGCCCUUGAGAUUCGACGACCAAGAUUGCCUUAUUGGUGUUGUGCCAGUGGAGGACGACCCAUUCUCGGGCCUCAAAGUAGCUUACACUUCUCGUUUGGACGGGUGGGGAAAAGACGGGUUUGAGGUUCAAAGGGAGUUGCUGAAGCUCCUUCGGAUGUUUGCCGACUGGACUCCAGAGCCAAUUGCUGGAAAAUCAUUCGUUAUGACCCAUCCAAACGCCAACAUCUUCAACGUCCUUGUUUCAGAUGAUGGUUCUGUGCGGGCUAUCCUCGACUGGCGCAACGCAGAAGCCCAGCCACCGAGUGUAGGGAAUGAGUCAUAUCCACUAUGGCUGAUGCGCGACUGGGAUCCCACCGUAUACGGUUGGAUCGAAGGUAUGGAAGAUAUGGAAAAGGACGAGGAUUUCUUUUCCGAAGACUCACCGGACACGCUGUUGUUCUAUCGAAAUGUCUACGCGCAAUGUAUCGCAAAUCUGCGGCCAGAAAGCCAGAACGCCAAAUUGACCCGAAAUUCCCCUCUUUUCGAGCAUUUGAUGAUGGCAAUGACAGGGUCGGUGUUUAGCGUUGGCAGGGCCAAUAAAAUCUUGAAUGAAGUUAUGAAGCAAGUGGAGAAGAACGAAGAUGGUAACAGCUGGCCAUUCAACUUAUCCAACAUCGAUAAAAAAGACGACAAUGACAGCAAGCAUCGUACUUGUUCCCAAGAAAAGGAUGCGACAGGCCAUGGCAAUUCACCCAAGGAGACCGAGGACAAAGCGGGACAUGAUGCUAUCGAAGCAGACAUUGAGGAACACGUGCAAGUUGAUAUUCUGGAAUUUAUCAAGGCUUUGGACAAAAAUGGUCUUUCUGAGCAUCAAGAAAAGCUUCUGAAAGCGGGAUUUCAUGCUUUAUUUUCCUAG